AUGCCUUUCGCGCUCCAGGACCCAACCAGACUUGCUGUGGACUCACUGGACAUUCAUCGCGGAGCAAUUGACAAAACGACCGUCACAUCGCAAUGCCCCAUUCGUGUGAUGCCAUGGGUGAAGCGGAUCCUGCUGGAAACGGGUAUCGAAAUUCAAAAGAUAGGCAACUACAACUACCGCUGUGUUCGUCGAGCAAAGGAGGGCCGAGUGAAUUCAUCGGAGAGCUCUACAUCUGCGGAUUCCUUUUCAAGUGUAGAAGGCGGAGAGGACCCUGAGGCCUCAUCUGCCAGUGAUGGAAAUGACUCAGAUAGCUCAGAUGACACGCUUCAAGACGCCCCAACACCAGGUAAGGUAUUGUUUGGAAAGGAUGAAGCGGAGGAUCCUGGAGACGAGAUUGUGUUCUCCGUGCAGCUGACGAAGCUCACGGGCCUCGAUUGCAUCUGCCUCGAUAUCAGGCGAUUGAAAGGAAAUCUUAGGAGCUACAAAUUCAUCUACGACACCAUCGUCCAACGAGCUGAUCUGUGCAAUCAAGUUUUCCCCGGCACGACGUAG